UCAGUUUGCUCGAUUGCAACGGCUGAUUGAGAUUUUGUGGCUUGAGUCCAAAGUGUUGAGAGGAUGAAGUACUAGAAAUCCCCCGUCUCCUCUUUCAGCAUUCCUCAAUUUUUUCUUAAGUCAGUGUUAAUACACGUGACUAUAUUCAUCAUUUCUUUUCAAUUCAGGAAGUUCAGAAGUACAGUUCCUUGUCCUGAUUCCAUUGUUUAACAUGCUGCACAUCAACAAGAAUAUGAGGGAAUUGGUGGCGUUAGUUGUUGUUAUGCCAGGUUUGUCUCAAGUAUUGACUGUCAACAUAAAUCGGUUUUGUUGAGUCCACCACAAUGAAAUGACGUGUAAGUAAAGGAAGAGGUGGAGAAAGAGUGAUCAAAAGGGUGAGGACAAACAAUUGCAACAAGAUAACAGGACAGAGACAAGAGGAAAGAGAAUGGGAGGGAAGCUCACAUGUCACCUAAACUCCAAAGAACAGAGGUACAUCUCAGAGCACAUUGCUGACAUCAUGGAGAUGUUGGCUCCUCUCUAUCGAUGUCAUCUCAGCUCAAAUCUACUGACCCACAUGAGAAACAAACACAUGGAGCCCAGUGAACCGCGCCCUCUGAUUCAGCAUCCUAAAGUUGUUGCACAUGGUGAGUUUGUGUUGGAGGGUACUUUUCCUCAAUACAUGGAUGGGAUCUGGACACAUCGCCACCUACUGGUCACCAACACUUUUACAGUCGAGAGUCGUGAUUCUAAACAGGUAUUUGAAGGUGGUUGGGGGUGUAAGACAGAGUUGGUGCUUUCUGGCUGUCAUAUCUGCACCUCCAUACAGGACCAUUGUGAGUUAGUGGAUGACAUGUGCCAACACAUCAAAGGUAAAUCAGGUGGUAAACUGGCGUGUUGGGAUUGCCCCACCACAUUUCCUGUCUUCAUGCAGCACCCUUACAGUGCCCCAGUGUGUCUGGCCACUGGAUCACACCAGGAACAGACACGCUGGGCGAACAUACUGCGAGCUGCAACACAACAUCAGAGCUCUGCACUCUGGUGUGAAGAUUCACCAGAAUCUAGGGCCUUCCUAGAUGCUGUGUCUUCCUUGAAGAAGCUCAGAGGAAACUGUCAAACAGAGGUAUAUCCAGUGGGCGAUUGGGAGGAGGUGUUGGUAAGCAUGGUUAUGGAAGAAGUGAUGUCCUACCUCAAGGAGCAAGUAUUUCCCAGGAUUAUUGCACAUCGCAGCAGGAGGAGGACUGCCUGGCUCAGAGUGCUGACGCCUCUGAGCAGCCACGGACCAGACGAUGCCAGGAUGUGGCAAUGCCUGGACAAGCUGGAGUUGAGCUCAGAGGGGCAAACUUGGCUCCAGGAGACAUGGGGAGUCCACAGUGGAACCUGGAGGCCUUUGUUACUCAAAGCUCAGAACGCUCUCUACGAAGUGGUUGAUAUGUGUGCUGUGAUGUUCCGGAGGUUGCUCUCUCGAUAUCCGUGUUUCUCUUUUAACUCUUCCCAGCUCACAGAGGUGCUGUGUAGGAUCAAAGAGAAAGUGGUCAAGCAUCUGGAUACAGAACUGUUGGCCCUUCGAUCUCAAAUAAUUCUGGAGGUGGUCCUACAGAUAACACUGCCAGCAUUUACACAUGGUGUGGGUGAGCAGGAUCUGUCUUGUUACUAUGCCAUGGUGCACUCCGAGCAGGCCCUCUUCAUUCACCCUGACACCAUCUUCCACUUCAUCCUAAGAGACAACCUGACCUCUUACAUCCAGUCAGUGAUGAGGCACUCCCUGCCACAGCAGUUCAUGCCUCUCCCUGUCAGUCCCAGGAACCCCUGCAGCUCCAGCUCUAGUUUCUCUGAGCCAGUGUACCACAAGCUGCUGCCUCUUGGUGACUGCCAGCAGAGCAUUUGCCAAACCCCUGAAGGCUCCACCUCUGGAUCUGAAACACUCACACCAAGCACCGUGUAUGACCAGGACGACACUUUGGCCGACUCAGAAAACUCUGUAAACCACACACCCUCAAUGCUUGAUGCAGGAGAAUACAUCCAUCUCAUUGAUCCAUGAAUGAACUGUAGAAGAACACCACAAAGUGAAAGUGUAGUAGUAGAUCAUGUCAUCGGUAUUCUAUUUGCAUUUUCCACAACAAAGAUAUAUAACUCAAAUAGAAAGCUAUACAGCUAUAGUAUAUGUUGAAACUGGUUCAGACUAAUCGACAGGCAUUGAAAGGUUCAGUUUGUAACUUUCAUAAAAAAUAACUUUUUGUCAUAUUUGCUCAAACUGUAACUAUGUCCUGACAGUACUACAUGAGUCAGAUAAUCUGUGAAAAAAAAAAAUCACGUUUCUCUGCCACCUCGGAAAACAACCAAUCAGAGUCGAGGAGACAUCUCGUCAACUCUGAUCAAACUGUAAAACUAGCCAGCACUGAUCAAAGGUUAAUUAAGAUUCUGUUACUGCAUUGCAUAGUUACUGAUUAGCUGUAAAAUAAAGUUUGCUCCGGCAGGCUUGGCUUGGUUUUGGCUUUACUGUUUUCAACAUGGUGACAGUACUGUAUAGUACACUGAAAUCUGUUCCUGAAAACAUUUGAGGAUGAGAAAUAGUCAAUGCAGUAACAGAAUCUUGAUUCAUAUUUGAUCAGUGCUGCCUAGUUUGACAGUUUGAUCGUAGGUCACAAGCAAUCAUUGACAAGCGACUCCUCAGCUCUAGUUUGUUGUUCUUGCAAAUGCCAUUAGGAUGGAGGAGGCAGGUCGAGGGACAUUUCCAGAGAUUAUCUGUCUCAUGUACUUCUGUCAGCAUAUGGUGAGAGUUUUAUCAAAUAGGACAAAAACUUAUUCUUAUCAAAGUAACCAACUGCAGCUUUAAACCAUUAAUCAUCAUUUAUAACCUGAUAACCUCUCUGUACUUCUGCUACUGUAUGUGUUUUAUAGUUAUAUUAAAGGUGAAACGAUUAAUCAAGUCAAUGGACAGAAAAUAAAUCAGCGACUAUUUUGAUAAUCUAAUACUUUUGCCUUACUUCAUAAAGAAAUUGACAUAUUUGGAUUUGAGACUGUUGGUCAGACAAAACAAGCAUUUUGAAGAAUUUACUUUGAGUACUAAAAAAUUGUGAUUCGUAUUUCCGAAGUCAAGUUUGAAAAGCUUUGAUAUAGCUAUGCAUUUCAUGUAAAUGAGUAAAUUGUCCAUCUAACCUA